GGAGUUUCUCCUCUGUUCGUAAGCAGCAUUUCACAUCUGUGUUUGACAGAAGCACAGAAGAGCAUACUGUUCAACAUUCCUACCAAAUGCAGCCUGUGCAGGUGAAAAGUUAAAGCAGAACCCGAAGACCAUUUUUGUUGACUCUACCUUUUGAGAUAAUACACUUCUUCGAUAUAUUGGAUUUUUUUUAAAAAAAACAGAAACAAGUUUUCACUAUUGGAAUUCAUAUGCAAAAGCAUGUGGGAUUUACUGGGUGUUCUAGCUUUCAAUUAAUAUUUGAUAAAUGCUGAACACUUGAGUUAACUAGAAUUGAUGUCUUUGCCUCUAUUGUUUGAAAGAUGCAAAGUCCAGUUCUUUUUCUGUUAGCAUCUUAAGAGAAGAGUAAUCUAAGUAUCACUUACAGAGUCAAUCCAAAGGAUAUGGAAUAACUGGGAGUAAACUGGAAGCAAGCAGCCACAAGAUGAAGCAGUACCAGCAAAUGAGGCAGCCACACAGACAGUAGAGAAAAAGAAAUUGGAAAGCUAGUGUGCAGAAUGCUUUUCUAAUAGAAAAAGCUUCCUACCUGGGGAGUCAGUCUCAGUAUUUGGAGAGACUGCAAAUUAUCGAUCAUCUGCUAGCACAGAGCCCUGGAAUGUCAAGAAUGACCUAUGAAGGCAUUGUAUGUUCCCUCACUUAAGAGAUAUUUGAGCUUAUUCCUACACACCAGCAGUAAAGACUGAAUUGUCAACACAGAUGGUCAAAGAACUGAUAUCUUCAAAUUACAGAUGAAGUACCUAGAGCAAAUUAAAAGACGCUGAUGCUAAUCCACCACAAAAAAGAAUGGAAGACAAGUUACACAGCAACUUGACCAUCACCAAUGGUUCAACUUCUAGCCAAAAACCACUUGAAGGCCAUAAUCUUUGGGAAGUAAUCACCAUCGCUACUGUAACGGCCAUCUUAAGUUUGAUAACCAUUGUGGGAAAUGUUCUGGUAAUAAUAUCAUUCAAAGUCAACAGCCAGCUCAAAACAGUGAACAAUUAUUAUUUGCUCAGUCUCGCCUGUGCAGACCUUAUAAUUGGAAUAUUUUCUAUGAAUCUUUAUACAUCAUACAUAUUAAUAGGGCACUGGUCUCUUGGAAUUUUGGCAUGUGAUUUAUGGUUAGCACUCGAUUAUGUAGCUAGUAAUGCUUCAGUAAUGAAUUUGUUAGUUAUCAGUUUUGACCGAUAUUUUUCUAUUACACGUCCUUUAACCUAUAGAGCUAAACGCACACCCAAAAGAGCUGGGAUUAUGAUUGGUUUGGCUUGGCUGAUUUCUUUCAUUCUGUGGGCACCUGUAAUCUUAUGCUGGCAGUACCUUGUAGGGGAGCGAACUGUUCCACCUGGAGAAUGUCAAAUCCAAUUUUUGUACGAGCCUAUUGUUACCUUUGGUACCGCAAUUGCUGCUUUCUAUAUCCCGGUUUCAGUGAUGACUAUUUUAUAUUGCCGCAUUUACAAAGAGACUGAAAAACGAACCAAGGAUCUAGCUGAGCUUCAGGGCUCCAGUUCUGUGACUGAGUUUGAAACAAUAAAGCCUCAGAAAACAUUGCUGAAGUCUUGUUUUAGCUGCAGGCAACAAAAUUUGACCAAAAGAGACCAAUCUCAGGCUUCGUGGUCUUCAUCCAGUCGAAGUACUUCUGCCACAGCAAAAGCAUCUCAGAUUCAAAACACUUGCCAAGAUUGGUCGAGGGCAGAGCAGCUGACCACUUGCAGCAGCUAUGCCUCAUCUGAAGAAGAGGAAAAAUGCCCGCCUGAUCCAGUCUUUCAAGUAGCCUAUAAAACCCCUGUAAAAGGGAAGGUUGAUGAGCAAAAAGAAGAGAAAAAGGAAGCUUUUAUCAAAGACCAACAUGAGGAGAAUGACUAUGACACCCAGAAAUAUUUUCUAACCCCAACCAAAAGUCAGGUGCAAAAAAGUAAUAAAUGUGUAGCUUAUAAGUUCCGGUUGGUGGUUAAAGCUGGUGGUGCUUCAGAAACUAACAAUGGUUGCCGAAAAGUCAAAAUCACUCCUUGUUCUGCCAGUUUAUCCAAAGACGCUUCCAUCAAAAAUAUGGAUCCUAAUCUAAGUAAUCAAAUUACUAAAAGAAAAAGAAUGGUUCUUAUAAAAGAACGUAAAGCAGCCCAGACUCUAAGUGCUAUUCUUCUAGCUUUUAUAAUUACCUGGACCCCCUACAACAUAAUGGUAUUGGUUUCCACAUUCUGCUCAUAUUGCAUUCCUCCAACAUUGUGGCAUCUUGGCUAUUGGUUGUGCUACGUAAACAGUACUGUAAACCCAAUUUGUUAUGCCUUGUGUAACAAAACAUUCAGAAAAACCUUUAAGUUGUUGCUCUUCUGUCAAUGGAAGAAGAAAAAAAUGGAAGAAAAAUUAUAUUGGCAGGGUAAUACAAAGCUGCCUUAAAUUAAAAUGAAGUAGCUGAAAGAUAAUGAUCUUGGCCAGAGAGUGUAUAUUAGCUAUAGGUCUUUAUUUGUAAAGUUGUUGUUUUGUGUGUGGGAAGCAAAAGAAGCAACAUUUCUAUGAUAUAUGAUUAUGAAGAAAGCAGUCACAAUGUGGAACAUUUCUGUAAUUGGAACUAUUGAAAGGAGCAUUUUGAGUGUUGUUAUCAGGACGUUUGGUCUCACGUUUCUGCUCUAUAAUGGCAGAACACAGGACCUUAAUAAUUGGUCAUUGAAUAGAUCCAUCAAUGUAUUUGGUUCACAUUCUUGCAGAGUAAUAUUAUGCCGUCUUAAAUAUUUUUCCGGAACUUUUUCAAGUUAAAUUAUAGAUCUGCAACAUACUCAAGUUAGCACUGUUUCCCUUGCAAAGUUAUCUACUAAUUGAAUGAAGGCAAAGAAAAUGAAUAGUAUAUCUGUAGCCCAUGAUAAAUGAUUGAAAUUGAUUUUUGAAGAGCAAAAAAGUUCCUGAUGUCAGCUUGAGUUAUGAACAAUGACUGAAUUUGAAUUCAUCCUUAUUUUAAUUGUGGCUAGAUGUGACUUGUAAGGGGAAAGGUCUUUUUAUAAGGCGCAUACUGAAACAGAAUGUGAUUAUUUAAAGAUUUAAAGUUGCUGUAGUGAGAUUUAUAAAACUCAUAUCAAACACUAGGAUUUCAUACUUUAUAUCCAUAGUUUUAAAAACAUUUGCAUGAAAUAGUUUUGGGUCCUAUUCCUCUUUGAAUGUUAUAACUUGUGUAAUCAGACAUGAAUAAUAUAGCAUUUUAAAGAGAGAGAGGAAUAUGUAAAACAUCUACCUCUCUUUGUUUAGAUAUUUAGUGGCAAUAUUCACCUUUUUAAUCCCCACAGCAAAAGUAAUUAAAUCCAUUGGGCAACUACAGCGUGUCAAAGAUUCUAUCCCUUCAGCCUGAAUAGGAAUUAUAAUUUAUAUAAGAAUGUAUAUUUAAUACAUAAUUAUUUCAGCAAAAAUGUGAAUCUUAUAAAACAAAAGCAAGUAACUAGAAUAGUUUCUAAAUAGCAGAGUCUGAACUAAAAUCAGCUACCAAAAUUAACCAAUCUUGUCAAAAAUAAACAAUUACAAUGAGCAAGUGAAAAUAUAAGUCCCAUGUCUUUUGGAUCCAGAUUUCCAUAGCUAUCUACCUGGAUCCAGAUCUAAUUCUAUGAAAAUAAAAUAAUUUAAUUAUCUCUUGAAUCUUAUAAAUACAUACAUGUUUUCUCAUUUGAAAAGGUUUCUCUCUUCAAUUCAGUUGAAUAGUCAAGCUCUCCAUGUAAAGUGUUAUACAGUAGAUGAGGAAAUGCAUUCUACUUGUGAAUGAGAAUAUGAAGCAUUUAGGAACUCCAUGUAUGUAUGUAAAUGCACAGGAAUUCUGACUUGGAAAGUAAUGCUAAAGUCAAUUCAACACUAUAGGAAAAUUGAGCUAUAGGAUUAGAAGAAUCUGAAGUUCAUGGACAUGUGGAUUUUGUAAUUCUAAAUUGACUGUCAAGCUUUGCACACUCAUUAUUUGCUGAACUGCAAUUUAAAUGCAGACUCAGUUCACAUCCACAUCUAUAGCUUGGUAUGGUUAGUUGUGUAGUAAUAAUAUGAUUGUAAAGUGUAAUUUUGCAUAGUUCUGAGAUAACACAGCAAAGUUUAUAAGAGUUGCAAAACAAUAAGGAUUCCAACGAGGUCAAAAGCUCUUUCUUAUAGAGCUUGUUCGGUGAUUUUUAACAAGCUUCUCCGUAAGUACUGAUUGAAACAAUAUUUUGGAUAACUUGACUACAUGUGAGUUAUUUACAAAAGAGUCCCCCAAUUAUUUUUAUAGUGGGACUAAUUAUAAUUUAAACAAAAUGUAUAAUAAUGUGAACAUGUGACUGAUUCUAAGUGUUUCUGUAUUGUGCCAAUUGUUUUUGGAGCUAUGCUGUUUGUUAAAGGAAAAUAUGGAUUCCCAUAAAGACCUUUUGAUUAUUAUCUUCAGUCAACAUUGAAGCAUAUCCAUUGUGCUUUGGGGUUUUCUGGCUUUAAAAAAAUACAUGUACGUAUGAUAUGUGUGUGUCUGAUUCAAAUGACAACGCAUUUCUAUGACUCAAGCUAUGUAAUAUUGGCAAAAUGUGUAAAGAUUGUAAAAGUUAUUUGCUUGUUGCAAUUUUAUUGCUAAAAAAACCUUGCCUUCUACUAUUGAGGUUAAAUGGAAAAUUAUUGUCACCUUUAUAAGAAUGUUUUAUAUAUGUGUUUGGUAUGUGUUGAAUAGAUAUAUAAGACUACACAGUGAUGGAUGCCAAAGUAUCAGUUUUCUGUUAAAUAUACGCUCAACCUAUGCUGCUAAAAACUGAAACAUUACAUUGCCAAACUCUGGGAUACAUGGUAAAUAUCUGGUACCAUAUUAAAAUGGUGUGUGCUUAUUCCUUUCCCAUACAGUAUAGUUGCACAUUUUAGAAAGUGCAAAUUGAGAGAGAUAUAACAACAGUGUCAAAAUUGUAACUUCAUUUUGAAGAAACAGAAAGACAGAAAUAUAUAACAUUUCAUGGCAGGAAAACUUGAACAGAAAAGGAAAUUCAACAUAGGUGCUGGUGUCUGAAAAAGAAGGUGCUUAGAGCUCAGUCACAAACAAUUAGAAUAUUAAAAAGACAACUUGAAGAGCCGGGACAAAGUUACACAAGCUUUUUCAUGGCAAUAUAAAGUCAAAACAAAUAUACAGGAUGAGGAAAGGCAAGUCACCCCAGGGGCACUAUAGACAAAUAGGCUGGAAUUGUAGAGAUGAUGUCAGGAACUAAUAAACAGAGAAUAAGCUGAAUUUGAUGAAGGAGGUUAACAAAAGCAGAAAGUAAAAUAUGAGGUGGAUGAUGUAGAGCUAACUAUUGUGCAACUGCAGAGUUCAAAAAGACAGCUGAUGAAAACAAUUAGAGGUUUUGAAGAAUUCUCAGGAUAGAUAAACUGACAUAUUUUUUAAAAAUUAUCCUAGAAGGAAAAGCUUGGUGCAGAAAGGAUUGGGAUGCCAGACAAAGUCCAGUAAAAUAUUUGGGAUUGUUCCUGAUUGGUGGUAACAAAGAUAUAUUUCAAAAUUACCUCAAAUUACGGAGAAAAAAUUAAAAAUAUUUACAAAGAUAGAAAAAAAAGCAAUUUCUACCAUUUAGGAUUAAUUGUGAUUAUUAAUAUCAAUAACUACCUAAGGUUUUCUUUUUUUUAUGUAUUUGAAAUGAUGCAAAUUUCAAUUCCAGUAAAAAAAUCUUGCAAGAU